AAUAAAGCACCGGCUUUAUCUCUGUGGGGCUCAGUAGACGCGCCUCCAGAGAGCCGACAACAUGGAUGUUGCCCGCUGCCUGCUGUGGCUCCUCGCCGCCUUGCCGCUUAUUUGCCGAAACGCUGAAUGCCGAUCGCUGCACAGGCAUCGUCGCAUAGUUGGCGGACUGCCGGCAAAUAUUACGGAAGUACCUUAUUCCUUGUCGCUACAGUUAGAUGGGAAACACAUGUGUGGUGCUGUUAUUAUAAACGAAAACUGGGCAGUUACUACAGGAUACUGUUACAACUUGGCUGUGCCAGCACAGAACGCCACAGUGAGGGCGGGCUCCAGUGUCCGAGAGACAGGUGGCAGCGUGCACACUGUUGAAAGAUUUGUGCCACAUAGUCACUACGUCCCCGCCUAUUCGGACUACGACAUAGCAGUACUUAAGGUGAAGCCCGCAUUCAAGUUUAGUAAGAAGGUGAAACCAGUGAAGUUACCAAAGCAGGAUGAAGAGUUCUCUGCUGGCACCGUCGGAGUGGUUGCAGGAUGGGGGACUAAAAACUUUGGUGUUCCCAAGUACACUCGAACGCUGUAUAAAGUGGAAGUGCCAAUAAUCGACUUCGCAGAAUGUGACAAAUCCUACAUGUAUUUCGGAGGUGUCAACAAAAGAAUGAUAUGUGCUGCAUACCCGUCAGGUGGAAAAGACAGCUGCCAGGGUGACAAUGGCGGUGGUUUGGUAGCAAAACGGAAGCUGGUUGGACUCGUGUCAUGGGCAAUUGGUUGUGCGAGAAGUGAAUAUCCACAUGUGUACACUCGAGUUUCUGCAUUCAGUAACUGGAUACUCAAUAACACAAAUGUCUGAAUGACUAAUAAGGCUGACUCAGUGACUGUUCUAUACACAUACAACUAAAAUAAAUAUGUUGUUACUUAAGAUAAACUAUAUUUCACUGAAACCAAAUGUGUAAAUAAAACUAAGUAUCACAUCUCAUCAAAUGGUGCGUGGAAGUGGAGCAGAAUGACUUUGUCAACUACAACGAGUUUGUAAAAAAGAAUCAUUAUUGCCAGAAUUGUCAUUUCAAUUUACACAUAGUCUUCAUUUUUCAUUAUGUAAUGUGGAUGAGCUGUUUUUAUACUUCAUCUGUGACUGUUACAAUGGUUUCUUUUUUAAAGUAUAUUUUUUAUAAAGUACAAUGUGUUUGAAUGUGGACUGAUUUUUGUAUUAUUUAUCAGUGUGUUGUAUGUCAUUAGUGUCAUUUUUAACUGUAUAAGUGAUAUUUGCUAACAACUAUUUAAUUCUUCUGCAAUAUUGUCUUCUUAUGUAUCAUAGUGAAAAUGAUAGUAUUAUUUAAAUGUUAAUCUGAAAGAAUGUGUUGUGAUUUUUUAAAUCUGAAUAUUGUUCUAUUAAAGACAACGUUCCAAAUUUCCAGAGUACUUAAAGUUAGAGUACCAUAGUAUAUACGUCUAUUACAUUCGUUACACAUUUUUCCUAUGCAAAGGAAAUCUGAAAGGUCAGAGUAAGGAGUGAUUACUGAAAGUCUUUACUUUACAUACAAACAUCAAAAACACAACUGAAUUAUUGUUGUCCAAAAAAUAUUUAAAAAAAUUUUAAUGUAAUAUAAUUUGCAAUUUCAAAGGUUGGUGAACUAAGAAAAACUUUUUUGCACUAUUUCUAGUACUAAAAAUUUAUCUGUGGUGUUAAAUAAUGUCCACAGGAAUAAAUUUCUGUUAAGUGUACACUAAAUUCAUUGGUACACUAUGAAAUAUGUC